AGUUCCUACACAGAGAGGAAAAGGAAGGAGAGCGGCCACACAGACAGAGAGGGAAGCCCCAGCGUGCCGCUCCACUGAUGGUAAUCCCGGAGUCAAAGCAGACAUGCACUCCGUGAGCAGGUCGUGGCUGCUGCUUACAGGCUUCAUCCUGUUUUAUGUCAUCUACCUGCUUUUCGGGGCGCUGGUUUUCUCCAGCAUCGAGCGGCCGGUGGAGGACAAGCUGCGACAUGACAUGGAAGCCCUAAAGCAGGAGUUUCUAAACCAGAGCUGCGUCAACAGCGCGUCGCUCGAGCACUUUCUGGCCAAAGUAUUGAAGGCCAACAAGUACGGUGUCUCCGUCCUCAGAAAUGUCUCCUUCACGUCAAAUUGGGACCUGGCAUCCUCCAUGUUCUUCGCAAACACUCUGGUCACCACUGUCGGUUAUGGUCACACCACUCCUCUGUCUGACGCUGGAAAAGCUUUCUCCAUCCUCUACGCCCUGAUAGGAGUCCCCUUCACCAUGCUGGUGCUCACCGCCUGCGUCCAGAGGAUCAUGUACCCUCUGGUCCUCGCUCCCAUCAGCGUCCUGCAGCGUGCAGGCAUGGAGCCUCGGCCGGCCACCGUUGUUCACUUCGUGUUGCUGCUGGUUGUGGUGGUGUUGUGCUUCUUCGUGGUGCCGGCAGCCGUGUUCAGCGCAGUGGAGCUGUCCUGGACUUUCUUGGAUGGGAUCUACUUCUGCUUCAUCUCGCUGUGCACCAUCGGACUGGGAGAUUUUGUUCCGGGGACUCAGCCUGGACAGAAGUACAGGCAGCUGUACCAGGUCUCUAUCAUGGUCUACCUGUUUGUGGGUCUGAUGAUGAUGUUCCUCCUCCUGCGCACUUUCCACAAAAUGGCUGAUCUGCACGGCCUGACUGCCUUCCUGCAGCUGCCACACUGCGAGGACUCAGACCUGGAAGAAGACCGGGAGCCCAUUGUGGAGGACAAACAUGAAGAUCAGACGCCCCCUUACCUGGUAGAAAAAGAGGCCAGUAAGCCCCUGGAGCCAGGAUCACAGCCCUCUUACAACACCAUUAACACAGGCUGAGCUGUGGGGGGCAGAGAAAAGAAAAAAGCUACCUCUGGGACUCAGAGUGGGGGGCUGAAUCUGAAUUCUUGUCUCAAUUUUCUAAUUUUGUCUUCUUAAGCCACCUUUUUAAAAACAUCCAGAGGAGAGAGCACAACUAUUGUGUAAAACUGAGAUGAGUCUUAAGAUUCAGCCUUUGUGAGAGGACUGCCAAACUGUUUGUGAGUGGUUUCUACACACCGCUUUCUGCACAUAUGAAAGGAUUAUCCUAACUUGACUAGGGAAACCUACCCGGGCUUUCUCAACACUGGUGUAACUGUGAUGUGUUCACCAUGUAGGCUUGGCUGCUGUGUCUGCAGCCUCAGGAUUAGCACAUGAAGGGGCUCCGGAGCACAAACUUUUGAUGCGUUGUUGGUUGUUUUCAGAUCAGUCUUAUCUUGCAUGCAUUUUUGUCACGUUACUUUUUGUGCCAGAGGUUUUGGUUGCUAGUUCAAGACUUAAAAUAUACAUGUCCACCCAUCAACCAAAACACUGGCUAAUGAAGUAAUGAUUGUCUUGUUGCAAUGCAGUGCUCUGCCGGGAAACUUGGCAUUCAUGACGUGCUGCACCCAAAUAUUUGUACAAACCAUGUAACCCCACACUGCAAAAACUGCUCUGAAAUGGCCCGAGAAACAUGACAAAGAGCUCAAGGUGUCAACCUGGCCUCCGAAUUUCCCAUAUCCCUUGGUACUUGGUCUUCAGUGGGUGGGUGGAGCAUGUCAAGUACCAUCCACAUGAAUGCCAGGACCUAAAGUUUCCCAGCAGAACAUUGCAUUUUAAAAAGAUGAUCAAUGUUAAUCACUUCACCCGCCAGUUGCUGUAAUGUUUUGGCUGAUCAGUGUUUAACUGUGCUGAAUUGAAAUCUUGAUGCUGAACACAAUCAGUGGACGCACUUGCCAUUUCAACUUGACAAAAUUUACUAUGACCAGACAUCCAGUCAUAUUCAGAGCCUGGAUUGGCCUUUACUCAUUUCUGCACCACUUGAAUUCAUCUUCACAAGCGUGAAUGAUCAAAACUGCGGUGAAAUGACAAGUGACUCCAGUAAAACUUUUGAUCACCUCCUAAAAAGAAAGUACUGACUUUCCUGCGUCGAGGUCAGCCCUGAAGAGUACAGAAACAACAGACAGGUGCUGUGUUUGACUCAGGACGUAGACUCUCCUCCUUUAUGGUGCUGCCCCCUGGUGACGACAGAUAUGCAGCACAUGUUACCGCACCUCCAGAGCAGUAAUAAAUAGGGUCAAAGGGUUGGAAUCGAGGGAUUGAGGAAAAGAAAAAAAAUAACUAAAUAAUGAGUGUUUAAUUGUGGUGAUUGUGGAAGUUAUUAAUUUCAAUGGGAAACCAAAUCUUACUUGUCAAACAUGCUAUGUGUGACUUAGAGAUCAUGAACACAUACAUGAAAUGCACUUUACUGUUAACAUCAGUUAUUCUUCUUUUACCAUAAAAGUUGGAGUUUAAUAAGUAGGCAAAUUAUAUCCUGAUACUGUAAAAUAAGUUGUCUGUCCAUGUUGGUGUUUCUGUUGUUGUAGUUUAGUAAUAUUGGACAACCUUAAAUUAAAAAAAAGAGUAUUCAUGUA